GUUCCCAGCCUCAACUAGUCAAGUCCCGGUUCUUCGCCUCUAAAACACACCCAUGGCGGCGGCGGCCCCAUCCAAAUCAGAGGUGUUGUCCCUCUUCCGUACCCUCCUCCGCACGGCGAGGCAGUUCUCCGACUAUAACAUACGCGAGUACACGCGCCGCCGCGCGGCGGACGCCUUCCGCGAGAACCGCGCCCUCGCCGACGCGCCGGCCGCGGCGGCGGCUUUCGCUGACGGGAAGCAGCAGCUGGAGGUGGCGAAGCGGCAGGUGCUUGUCUACUCUCUGUACGCACCCAAGGCUAAAAGCGUUGUGGAGAUGAAGAUGCAGUGAUCGACGAGAGAGAGGUUUCACGCCCGCCAUCUCCUUUUCCGUUUUGGGUCUGUGCUCUGUUAUGUAGUAGGGUCACGGCGCUUUGAUGCUACUAGUAGAACUCUGCUGAUAUUAUGUUUUUGCUGGAUAAUUGACCUGACAUGUUUUCUUCUGUUCGUCAAAUUAGCAAAUUAACGAGCAUGGUAUUAUAUGUUUCACGUAUCAUCGUUGUUAGCCGGUGAGGUGGUCUCUGGCUGUAACAUCCCACUUGGCUCUGUUGAAUUGGUAAAUGGUAAAGUGUGCGCUUAAUUCAAUCA